UCUUUUUAGCGGAAACCAAUCAUUCAGCAAAUCGCCAAUCUAAAGAAGAGACCGCGAAAGAAAGACAUCGAAAAUGUCUAAGCUAGUUUUUAUAACGGUUCUCAAUUUUUUUCUUGUAGUGGUGAGUGCUUUCCCUGAUGGUGCUCCUGUUGAUGCUUGUGUAAAACCACGAGCAAACCAGCCUUACCAUGGACAAGCUCGAUCCCAACCACCUCAUACAAGUCCUUACCAAAUUAUCCAGUCUAGUUCUAAUUAUGGUCCUGGAUCACAAAUAACAGUUACUAUUCAGGGGAGAGAUACAUUCAAAGGGUUCCUGAUACAAGCGAGAGAUGCCGCCACCAAUAACUGGUUGGGUGGCUGGAUACAGAGUCCUAAUACCAAGGUUCAUCCAGAAUGCAGCGCUAUCACGCAUGCUGAUCCAAAACCUAAAGCUCAGGCCACUUUGUUGUGGCAGGCUCCUUCCGAUUCUAGAGGUGGACAGGUCUAUUUCACUGGAACCGUGCUGAAGGAGUACUCAACAUUCUGGUCAGAAUUACAGUCGCAGGUCCACCAAUGAGAAGAAGAAUAUAUAUAAUAUAUAAGUGAAAAAACAUUUGUUGAAGAACAAUAAUGUAUAUAACCAUUUUCAAAACCGCCAUUUCAAUCAUUCUCAUUAUUAUUUAUUGAUCAUCUAACGGAUUGUUGUAGUCCACACUCAAUUUGUAGAAUCGGUUUCAAUUUAAGACAAUAAUUCACAAGAUCAACAAUUGACAUAUUUCUCACGAGUGGAACACUAGAAAUAUUUUUUAAAUUUCUUUGAGCUUCUCUUCAUUUCAGAAAAUAGGAAAAUAUAAUAUAAGAACAAAUUUUGUACUACCCAUUUGAACUUAAUCUGCAUAAGAAAUAAAAUCUGAUAAUAAAACUG